AUCUUUUGUCCUCACCACUAUCUGACACACUAUAUGGCGUAAACUGGAUGCCUGAUAGUGCAAGCAAAGCAAACCAAGCAACUUACUUUUUUUUCUCUCUAAUCUCUUUCUUUCUCUCUCUCUCCACCCUUCCUCUUUGUCUCUUAAAUUCUUCUUUAUUUUGUCCCAACACACCACUUCACUUCACCUCUAUAACCUAAGCUCUUGUUUAGUCCUUCUUUACUCACUCACUACCAAAUAACUCUCUUCUCUUUCUUCCUUACUUCUACUUCUUCUUCUUCAACUCAUCAAUUUCUGCCUCACUAGAUUAAUCUCUCUUCAUUAUCUUCUCACUCUUUGUCUGUCUUGAAUAUCCCUUUAUCUCUCUUUCUCUCUCACACACACUUUGUCUCUCUCCUUUUGAAGAGAGAGAGAGAGAAUAUAAUACUCAGGGUAGGAAAGUGUCUUGUAUGGUUAAAAGUUGUCUUGUUCUCAUUACCAUAUGUUUCUGCACUCAACUAUGCCCUACUAAUUAACUACUACUUGUCACUCUUGUCUUGCUUUCUUCACUUCACCUCAAUAAUAUUACUAACUAUUCUAUGAACUCAAAACCAUCUUCCUUUUCAUAGAAACAACCUUGCAACAACAACAUCAUCAUUUUGGCAGUUUCUGUGUUGGUUGCUGUUUUGUUUUUGGUCUCCAAAGAACAAACAAACUCCAAAUUAUAGAAACUAAUGGAACUUUCUAGCAACCAAGAUGGUGAAAUCCAAAUCCCAACUAAUAAUUAUGUUGCUGUUACUACCAAUGGACAUGGUCAUCAUCAUCACAUGAUUCAUCAUCAUCCUCCACCACCGCCUUCUCUUCUACACCAUCACAAUAAUAACAUCAUAACAUCUUCCUCAGCCGCAGCAGUGCCAGUACCAGUGGCAGUAGUUCCUCAGAGUCAGAACCCUUCAAUUAAUGGCACAACCACCACAACCACAAACUCUACUGGUGUAGAACUAGAUCUUGAUCAAUCCUCCUACAAGAAACCGUUAUCACAAGUGGUGGUGAAGUACAGAGAAUGCUUGAAAAACCAUGCAGCUGCAAUGGGAGGAAAUGCAACAGAUGGUUGCGGUGAGUUCAUGCCGAGCGGUGAACAAGGUUCCAUAGAAGCACUCAACUGUUCAGCUUGCCAUUGUCACAGAAACUUCCAUAGAAAAGAAAUCGAAGGUGAAACUGAUGAAGAAAACUACCAACACCACAACCAUAACUCACCUUUCAGCUUCAACUUCAACAGACAACAACAACAACAACAACAUCACAGCAUGAGGAAAUUCAUGUUACCUCUUCCUGAUCAACCUCUUGGCCUCGGCUACCACCACCACACUGCAUCAGCAGCAACAGGUAACCACAACAACAACAACAAUAUUAUCCUUCCUUCUAGAGCUGUAACAGCACCACCACAUGGACACAUCAUUAUGCCUUUCAACUACAACAUACCUUCUGAAUCUGACGAACAAGAAGAUCAUGGGAGACAACAGGUAGUGAUGAAGAAGAGGUUCAGGACAAAGUUUACACAGGAGCAGAAGGAGAAAAUGCUGAACUUUGCUGAGAAAGUUGGGUGGAGAUUUCAGAAGCAAGAUGAAUCUCUAGUGCAACAGUUCUGUGCAGAGAUUGGAGUGAAGAGAAGAGUGCUCAAGGUUUGGAUGCAUAACAAUAAACACAAUCUUGCCAAAAAACAACAUAUUGAUAUUACCACUGAUCAUCUUCCAACUCCUUAAUUUAAUAUUAUUAUUAGUAGUUAAUUAAAUAUUUCUCUUGCAUUUUGUAAUAAUUAAUAUGUGUCUGUCUGUAUUUGUUGUGGUAAUCUAGUUUAGGAAUAUUGCAUUUGCAUAAGUUAAUUAAUUAUUUCUUUUUAGUUUGUGAGGUGAGGGCUCAUCAUCAUCAUCAUCAUGCAUGUCUUGAGGAGGAUUUGUUUGUAUUACUAAUAGAACAC